AUGCUCGUUUCGGGGCGUGCAAUGCGAAAGUGAUAAAUGAGGCCUCCGUGGUGGACCUCCAGAGUGGCCGAGAUGGCAAUUGUUAUUGGCAAACUUGCGGAAGUUCGGACUUGGACACCUUGUAAAAUAUGCCCCUGUAGUAAGGUGUGUGCCAGGUAAGGGUUGUGGAAGGUCGUCCAUACUCAGCUGGCGUGGAAUUUGGGGGAGGGGGGUUAGGCCUGGAACCGAACAAACGUGGUAAACAGGCGUGACACGACACCGCGAAGAAAUGUGGCACACAAGCAGGGGCUUGACACUUGCGACUGCUACGUUAAGACAUAAUUAGGAUCAAUACGCAUUGUUGGAUCAAGGAUAUUCCUGCAGGCGCUAUAUGCGGAUAAUGUGCCGGUUCCUAGAAUCAUUGAUCUAUGGACAAAAUUGAAAGCGAACCUCUUUCAUACACCAUCAACAACUUCACAGAACGUCCUGAUCUCUCCGAGGGAUUAGAAGAACGAAGCCUACAUCUUAUAGACCCCAAUUGAGAUGCCUAUCAUGUCUGAUAAGGAGGAUGUCAAAGAGAGACAAGUUGGGGCUGUUGACUCAGAGCUGAGCCAGGACAACAGUAUCCCCAGCUCUCGCGAUGGGGAAGUCGACGUCUUCGCCGAAGUUGCGCAUCCACCGCGGACGAUUGGUGCCCUGGAGGUGCUCUCUGCUGGAUUCAAUGUCUGCAAUAGUUGGGCCGGUGUGGCCGCGUCCAUGUUCCUCGCCAUCUUCCAGGGAGGGCCAGUGACGAUCAUCUAUGGCUGCAUCGUCAUUCUCUUUCUGAUGGGCGCGACGGCAUUGAGCUUGGCGGAGCUGAGUGCCAGAUAUCCAACUGCUGGAGGGCAGUACCAUUGGACUGCGAUACUCGCACCGAAAAAGUAUGCGAGAGGAAUGAGCUACACGGUUGGCACCAUCAACAUGUUUGGAUGGGUCGCCAUCUGCGCUGGUAUUUGCAUCAUCAUGCCCCAGAUCAUCAUGGGGAUUGUUGUCUUCUACAACAAUGAUUUUGUGAUUUUGCAGUGGCAUUCGUUUUUGAUAUACCAAGUCCUCAACGUCUCAGUGCUUGUUUACAACCUCUUUAUUUUACCCAAGGCAGCAUGGACACAUAAUAUUGGCUUCGCAUUGUCCCUGCUCUGCUUUAUCAUCUUUUUCAUUACAUGUCUCGCCAUCGCCGGCCCCAAGCAGCCAAACGAAUAUGUGUGGAACACCUUCGUCAAUGAUUCCGGCUGGCCCGACGGAAUAGUCUUCCUUACUGGCCUAGUAAACCCCAAUUUUAUGUACUCCGGUCUUGAUGGAGCCAUUCAUCUUGCGGAGGACUGCAUCAACGCUUCGACGGCCGUCCCGCAAGCCCUCAUGGCCACCAUUGUCAUCGGCUUUGUGACGACCUUCGCAUUUGUAGUCGCCAUGUUCUAUUGCAUUUCUGACUUCGAUGCGGUCCUUAUGACUCCAACUGCUGUCCCCAUCUAUGAGAUUUGGAACCAGGCGACUAAGUCCGAGACCGCCGCUACGAUCUUCAUCGUCCUUCUCCUCCUCACCGGCAUCUUUGCUCUCAACGCCAGUCAGCAGACCGCCUCUCGCCUGACGUUCUCCUUUGCUCGCGAUGAUGCUCUCAUCUUCUCCAAAUACAUAGGCCAGAUGCAUCAAGGCCUUGGUGUCCCACCAUACGCACUUUUCUUUAACUCUUUUGUUGUCUUUAUUAUCGGAUGCAUCUAUCUCGGCUCCACCACGGCUUUCAGCGCCAUCAUCGGCACCGGCCUUGUCCUGCAACAGCUCACAUUCGCCAUUCCAGCCGCUUUACUCAUGAUACGUGGCCGGGCGCCGCAGUAUCUCCCAUCGAGCGGGCGCUGGAACUUGGGGAAGUUUGGAUGGUUUGUCAACGGCGUAACAGUGGCGUGGAGCGCCCUCCAACUCGUGCUGUACAAUCUCCCUCUCGCGCUGCCCGUGUCGGGUUCAACUAUGAAUUAUACCUGUGCGGUUCUUGGCUGCAUGGCUAUAUUCGCGCUGGUGAACUGGUUUGCCUACGCGCGCACGCGUUAUGCUGGGCCAAAGAUCGACUUGACCAAGUUUCAGUAAAUAUGGGCAAAUAUGCCCAUAGCCAUUAGUCUCUGUUCUAUUCCAUUGAGGGUGUUGAAGUUGUAAAAAAGAACGUUGUAAACCAGACAAAGAAGCUUAAUUUGGAAGAUACAGUACCAUAUAUACAUCUAGCUGUCGCAAUAUACCAUGAAUGACUCAG